CAUUUAGUCUACAACGAAAUGUCAUGAAUGCUGUCUGUAUAAAACGGAUGAAUCGGAUAUGAGCUGAGAAAUUGCUUCGACUCACGUUCAAUUUAUUUGAUAAAAUAUCUUUUCUCUUCUUUGACAAAUUUUGGAGAGAAAGAGUAGAACUAGUGAAAAAUAUAAGAAAAAGAAAGAAAGUUAAGUGUGAAUGACAACAUCAAUUUUUGCGUCGUUUGUUGUGUUUAUUUUUGGUUGAAAGAAAAAGUGAAUAAAUAAGAAAAAAUAACUGGAAUUAAAAAAAAAACAGUCAAAAUGUUCGAAAUACCUAAAGUAGGUGAUGAGGAUAGCCAAUAUGAUGGAAGCCGUGCUUUUGUUUGGCUUGCUGAUAUAUGUGGAUUAUCAGUUGACCUUAUAAACUUCCUCGUAUGUCAAAUUUUGGCGCUUUUCUUUGCAUCGUUCUUCCGUUCAUAUUUGCAUACAUCGAAAGUAACAACUAACAUUCGACAUGCAUUUGGACUCACAUUGGGCUUAUAUUUUGGUUACUUUUGCUUUGGACAACAAGCGAUUCACAUCAUCGGUCUUCCAGCUGCUUGUUAUAUUAUAAUUCGUACACAAAAUCCACAAAUUAUACAACGCUUGGUGAUGCUAGUAUCAUUGAUCUAUUUGUCGAUGGUACAUUUACAUCGUGUAUAUUUUGACUAUGGUUCAUAUACAUUGGAUAUAACCGGUCCACUGAUGGUUAUUACACAGAAAGUAACACUGUUAACAUUCAGCAUUCAUGACGGCAUUGCACGCAAUGAACAUGAAUUAAGCAAAUCACAAAAGUUUCAUGCAAUCAGUACAUUACCGACAACGCUCGAGUACUUCUCUUAUGUUUUACAUUUUCAAGGUUUAAUGGCUGGACCAUUGGUAUUUUAUAAAGAUUAUAUUGAUUUCAUCGAAGGAACGAACUUUUUAAAACACACCAAUGUCAAUUCAAAAUUCGACAAAGUUGAUAGUAAAAUUAUUGUUGAACCAUCACCAACAAAAGCUGUCGUUAAAAAGGUCAUCGGAAGUGCUAUCUGUGCAUAUAUUUUCAUGAAUUGGAUUACCGUCUAUCCAAUAAAAAGACUCAACGAGGAUGAAUUUAUAGAAAACACAUCAUUUUUUUACAAAAUGUGGUAUAUGAUGAUGGCCACAACAACUAUUCGUUUUAAAUAUUAUCACGCGUGGCUUUUGGCUGAUGCUAUAUGCAACAAUUCUGGUUUAGGCUUUAAUGGGUUCGAAAAGGACGGAAAUCCAAAGUGGGAUCUCAUAUCAAAUAUAAACGUGAUUUCGUUUGAGUUGGCAACAAAUAUACGUGAUGCAAUUGGAAAUUGGAAUAUGGGCACCAAUCAAUGGUUACGUAUGAUUGUUUACGAACGCGUCCCAAAAAAAUAUGGAACUAUGCUAACAUUCGGCUUAAGUGCGUUAUGGCAUGGAUUCUACCCAGGCUAUUAUAUCACCUUCAUAUCUGGUGCACUCAUUGUUAAUGCAGCUAGAACAGCGAGAAAAUUAUUCCGACAUCGGUUUCAGUACAGCGAAUCUUCGCGUAUAUUUUAUGAUAUUUUAACGGUUAUCACAACAAGAAUAGUCAUGGGUUAUCUUACAUUUCCAUUUAUUUUACUUGAAUUUAAGGCCAGUCUUCGUUUGUACCUGAAUAUAUUUAUGUGCCUUCACAUAAUUGGCUUUAUCACGUUAUACGUGUUGCCGCGAUUCUUUAGUGGUGAAAAACGUUCACCACAAUCACAAAAAACCAAUUCUGUACCAAUAUCAACUACAGACUCAUUGGUCUCAGGAUCAGUAAGGCCGGCUAAUAAAGAUGAUAAAAUCAAAAUCGCACAAUCAAAUAAUGCGCACAACUAUGAGCAAAUCGUUGAUGAUUUAGCAAAUAACAGUAACCAAUGUGAUAUUAACAUAAAAUUUAUUACUGAUAAUAAUUUAGAAACUAAUGUAUCCAAUAAUGUUGGUACGACUGGUGUAACCAAUAGUGGUGGUAUGGCUGUUAAGGCUGUUAAUGAGGAUACAAUUUGUAGUAAUAGUUUAAGUAAUGACACAUACGACUAUCGGCAACAAACUUCCACUGAUCAACAUCUAUCGAAGAAAAUCCGAGAGCGUAUUGAUAGUGAAACGAGAAAUAUUGAAGAGUUUAUUGAUAAAACAGUAACGGGUAUAGUUGAGCUUAGAGAUGAUUUGAUGCGGGUAAAUGAGAGCGAAAUGUAUGCGACAAAGCAAGAAUAUGGAAGUGGCAUAGCUGGGACGGAUACUGAUGGCCUUCGCAAACGUAAUUUAUCUGAAGGUAAAAACGAAGUCGAAAUUUUUCUGCGUAAAGAGAUCAACAAUGCUAACGUUUUACCAGCCGUUUUGAGCAAUGGCCAUGAAUGAACAUUUGAAAAUUGAAGAAAAAGAGAAAGAGCAGUGACUAGAUAUUUUUCAAGAAUAGGAACAAAAAUCAAAAAAAUUAAAAAAAAAAACAAAG